UGCUGCUGCUGCUGCUGCUGCUGCUGAUGGCGGGCCCGCAGGUGGCGGCGGCGGUGGGGGGCGGGGCCUGCGUCCGGGGCUUCACCAGAGGGGAGUACCGGGUCCAGACGGAGCCCGAGCUGGGAGAGGGCCAGGAGGUCUGCAGGGUGCGGUUCCUGGCCUGCGGCGGCGAGCCCGUGGCGUUCCUCCUCUCCGGCUCCCCGGACUUCGCCGUCGGCGCCGACGGCGCGGUGUUCGCGGCGCGGGGGCGGAGCCUGGCGGCGGGCCCCGUGGCGCUGGCCGUCACCGCCGCCGCCCCGCGCUCCCGGGAGGAGUUCCGAACCCGGGUGCUUCUCUUGGGGACCGGGACCCCGCAGGAUCCGGACGUCCUGUUUCCGUGGCGACGGCGGGCGGGGUCAGGGGGGCGGGUCAAGAGAGACUGGGUGAUCCCGCCCAUCAACGUCCCUGAGAACUCCAGAGGACAGUUCCCCGAGGACCUGGUCCGGAUCCGAUCGGACCGGGACCGGAGCCGGACGCUGCGCUACAGCGUGACGGGCCCCGGCGCCGACCAGCCGCCCGCGGGGGUUUUCGUCAUCGGCCCCGUGUCGGGCCAGCUGGCCGUCACCCGGCCGCUGGACCGCGAGCACAUCGCCAGCUUCCACCUGCGAGCGCACGCGGUGGACCUGAACGGGAACCAGGUGGAGAACCCCGUCGACAUCGUCGUCAACGUUGUCGACCAGAACGACAACCGGCCGGAGUUCGCGCACGCCGUCUUCAACGGAUCGGUGCCCGAGGGCGCCCGGCCCGGGACGCUGGUGAUGACGGUGACGGCGGCGGACAGGGACGACCCGAAGACGGCCAAUGGGAUGCUGCGCUACCGCAUCAUUACCCAGAAUCCCCAGAGCCCGUCCGCCGCCAUGUUCACCAUCAACAACCGGACCGGUGACAUCAUCACCGUGGCGGCCGGCCUGGACCGCGAGAGCGUGGCGCAGUACACCCUGGUCGUCCAGGCGACGGACAUGGAGGGCAGCCCCGCCUACGGCCUGUCCGCCACCGCCACCGCCGUGGUGCGCGUCGCCGACGUCAACGACAACCCGCCGGAGUUCACCGCCGACGCGUUCUUCGGCGAGGUCGUUGAGAACCGCGUCAACGCCGUGGUGGCCAACCUGACGGUGACGGACGGCGACCAGCCGCACACGGCGGCGUGGGCGGCGGUGUACCGCGUGGCGGCCGGCGACCCGUCGGGCCGCUUCGCCGUGCCCACCGACCCGGCCACCAACCGGGGCCUGCUCACCGUCGUCAAGCCCGUGGACUUCGAGCUGACGCGCUCCUUCCUGCUGACCGUGGAGGCGGAGAACGAGGCGCCGCCGGCGCCCGGCGCGCGCGCCCCCCGCCGGGCCGCGUGCGCGGUGACCGUGCGCGUGCUGGACGCCAACGAGGGCCCCGAGUUCGACCCCGACCCCAAGGUGGUGCGGCUGGAGGAGGGGCUUCCGGCCGGCGCCCCGCUCGCCACCUUCACCGCCCGCGACCCCGACCGCUUCGCCCGGCAGAGCGUCCGGUACUCCAAGGUCAGCGACCCCGCCGGCUGGCUGGACAUCGACCCGGUCAGCGGCCGCGUCUCCACCGCCGCCGUCCUGGACCGGGAGUCUCCGUACGUCAGGGACGACCGCUACAACGCCACCUUCAGGGCCACCGACGACGGAACCCCCCCCGCCAGCGGCACGGGGACCCUCCAGCUGCACCUGCUGGACAUCAACGACCACGCCCCCCGGCUCUUCCCCCCCGAGGUGGAGGUGUGCGAGAGGCCCCGCCCCCCCGGGGUCAACCUCACGGCCAGCGACCCCGACCGGGCGCCCAACGCCGGCCCCUUCGCCUUCCAGCUGGCCAGCCGACCCCCGGCGGUCCGGCGCAACUGGACCCUGCACCAGGUCAACGGAGAGCUGGCGCAGCUCCGCCUGCGGAUUGGCCGGCUGGCCAGCGGGCUGUACGAGGUGCCGGUCAGCGUCAGCGACUCGGGCAGCCUGCCCAUGAGCAGGACGUCGCUGCUCCGGGUCAAGGUGUGCGCCUGCGAUCGCCGCGGCGACUGCGUGGGCCGGGACCGCGCGGCGGCGGCGGCGGCGGCGGCGGCGGGGAUGGGCGCCGGCGCCGUCGUCGGCGUCCUCGCCUGCGUCGUCGUCCUGCUGGUGCUGGUGCUGCUGCUGGCGCUGUGGGCGAAGCGGCGGGACGGCGGCCGGCGCGCCAAGCAGCUGCUGGUCGACCCCGAGGACGACGUGCGCGACAACAUCCUCAAGUACGACGAGGAGGGCGGCGGCGAGGAGGACCAGGACUACGACCUGAGCCAGCUGCAGCAGCCCGACGCCGCGGAGCCCGGCGGCGGCGGCGGCGGCGUGCGGCGCCUGGACGAGCGGCCGCUGCGCCGCGAGCACCGCUACCCGCCGCGCUGCGCCGCCGGAGACAUCGGGGACUUCAUCUACGAGGGCCUGCGGGCGGCCGACGGCGACCCGGCGGCGCCGCCGUACGACUCCCUGCUGGUGUUCGACUACGAGGGCGGCGGCUCCACGGCGGGCACGCUCAGCUCGCUGCACUCCGCCUCCAGCGGCGGCGGCGGCGACGGCGGCGGCGGCGGCGACCAGGACUACGACUACCUGGCGGACUGGGGGCCGCGCUUCCGCAAGCUAGCCGACCUGUACGGCGGCGGCGGCGGCGAGGAGGACUAGCCGGCACCGCGGCGCGCUCGGCUCAAACGUGCCUUUUCUUCGGAUUGAAUUAAAAAAAAAAAAAAAAAAAAAAAAAAAAAAAAAAAAAAAAAAAAAAAAACACGAAUUAAAACAUUUUUUUUGCAUGUUUUUAUCUUUUUGUUCUCGCUUCAAAAAAAAAAAUGUUGAAAACACAAAUACAGGCACAAAUUUUGACGAA